AUGUCAGUUUUUGAUUCGAAUCGAAUACUAUGGGCAGCAGUGUUAAUAAGUCUCGGUACAGCGUACUACACAGUUCCCUCGCUGUUACGCACAGUCAAAGACGCCGCACGGUCCCCUCAGCCAGACCCUGUCCCACCAGCACGACAACUCCAGAAAGAAUCCGAAAACUCACUGAAAAUCGAGACUCUCCGAGCGCUCGCAGACGGACAUAGCUAUGACCUGCGCUCUUCGGCGAUCAAGAUUGUGGCGUAUCGCACCAUUCGCACAAGUACCAAAGAUCUACUUCUUCGAGAUCUAGCAAGCAAGGACUACGUACGACGAGACAAUGCCAUCAAUGCGCUUUGGAUGCUUCUCUUCCACGCCAGACUCAACACGACAUGUUUCGCUGACGCGUUCAGCCGGCGAAGAGGCAUCGAAGCCGUGGUGGAGGCCUUGAUUCAGGGACUCCCUGCGCACGACAAACUCAGCUCCACGAAGCGGCCGAGCACCAGCCCGGACGGCGAGGAGAAGGACGAUAUCCCACCAUCUCCACUCAAACCGAACCAUCGACCUGCUCAUGAGGCCUCACUACUCAUCAUCCUCAAUCAUCUCCUCAAUCAGACGAGCCGUUCUUCCCAUUCGUGGAAAGCCGACGAGUUCCAGCCUAUCGACCACGCCGUUCGUGCCGGUCUAGUGGAUCGCUGGCUGGCCAAAUACCCGUUUCCUUGCUCUCUGCCAGAGAAUGAGAAGUUCGGCUUCGUCCGCUCGGACGUCGCAAGGCUUUGUGAACGCUCGAGCUGGGGCACCGACGAUCCUCUCAUGGCGGACAUCGUCAAAGCCGUGGUGGCGACUACUGAGGGCCAACGGGCUCUGUGCAAUGCCGGGCUAAGACGAGGCGGCAGUGUGCGCCACCUUCGCAGAAAUGGUUUCGACCUUCAGUGGCAAUUUGACCCACUCCGUGAAGCACACCGUACUGGUGGCGAUCCGCAUGGACCCAACGAGGACAAUGUCGAGGAAGACCACGACGUGGCUAUGACGGACGGUGAAGAUACUGCCGGCGUUCCCCUCGACCGAGACAACCAGGCCGAGUGGCUACCUCUUUUGCCCCGCCCGCGCUCCGCUGAACGGAGCCAGGAGGAAGAACAUCUGAGGCGCCGACAUCGUGAGGCCGUCGUCGUGGCCGAGCGAGGAACACCACUACGACGAGAAAACAUUUUGCAGCGGGAGAACAGUCAGUUUGGGUUUCAACCCAUGGCUGGCGUCAGCGAGGUGGAGGGCGUCCUCAACAAUCUCAUCGACCUUUCUGACUCCGAUGGCGCUGAACUUAUCGUUCAUGACCAAAGUAUAGAGAGGGUAGAGGUGUUGAGUUCCCACGAAGACGGCCUUGAUCCAAUGGAGCAAGCGCUGGCUGUUCAGCAUACGGUGGGAAAUGAGUCAGAGGAGGCUUCUACGGAUCAUGACGAAAAUGGAGGUGAGACAGAACAGGCUGCCCCAGUGGCAUAG